AUGCCGGCCAUAAUACAGGACUUACUCGAAUACACGGCCUCAGCUUCUCUUUUAAAACACUCCGUCUUCUUCAUUCUCGCUGCUACUGCUUUCUUGGUGCUUCGUGCAGCCAAGAGUGAGAAUCGAACGUGUUCUGAGAUGGUCCCAGAGAACGUGCAUCGUCUCUGCGCCAGUGACCGAACUGUUACCUCGGAGCUCGCCCGCGACCCAACGCAACACCCACUUGGGAUUUUUCACAGAUUAUAUCGCGGCCAGAAAUGCAAAAAAACGACUGUUUCGUCACAAAGAGAGUCUGCUCAUGAUGCCCAGGAUAGUCUGCAAAGAGCGUACGACUGCGGACGUUGGGGUACCGCAAAACCAAGUACUUUGUUCCUGAAGAUUUAUCACGAUGCCCUCUGUACGCUGGAAAAGAACCCGAUGGCAGGCGUCGUCUCCCCGCCGCUAAUCGGUCGCCACGGAGUCGUUCCCUUGACGAUUGUAGCGCCUCUGCCCGAUAUCUGCCGUCAUAUGGCGAAUUGCAUCGCACGAGCUGAGACCGAGGUUUUCCUAGCGACCAAUUUCUGGAUUCAUUCGGACGCGUCGACGUUGAUCACCAAUUCUUUCAGAGAGCUGUCGAGACGGGCCGGAAAGCGCGGUACCAAGGUGGUUGUCAAGAUGAUAUACGAUCGGGGAGAUCCGCGACAGAUAUUUCAGAAUCAUCUCAUGGUCAGUGAGAAGCAGUAUGCUGGUGGACAGGUCAGAUUGCCGUCUCCGGAGGAGAUCCCCAACGUCGAUCUUCAGGUCAUCAAUUACCACAGACCCAUCUUCGGUACAUUUCACGCGAAAUUCAUGAUCGUUGAUCGAAGGAUUGCCCUGCUUCAGAGCAACAAUAUCCAGGACAACGACAAUCUCGAGAUGAUGGUUCGCGUCGAGGGGCCAAUUGUUGAUUCGCUCUACGAUAGUGCAUUGGUGUCAUGGGGUCGGCGAUUGGGAGAGCCUCUCCCGUUGCUCGCAUCACCCGCCAGCUCGACUCCUGCUUGGAAAUUGUCAGCAAGCGAGCCUGAGAGCUCUUCGGAUUGUAGUGGGAGAGAGGCACCACCACAACUCACUGCAGACCAUCCUCUUUAUGAUGUCGACAUGCAGCAAGAGACGCAGAGAGUCAAUGGAAGCCUUGAGCCUUUACCCGGGAUGUCACGGACUGAAGCAGUGACUCGUCAUCUUAACACCACACUCCAGCCUGGAACUACAGGAGAUGCCCCGAACCGUGACCAAGACCUCCGGAUGAAACCCUACGUCCUGUCGCCACCGCAUGAGCCAUUUCCGAUGGCGCUUGUCAAUCGAGAACCAUGUGGAUCACCUAACUACAGCAGCAUCUAUACCCCCCAGAAUUCGGCUUUCCUCUCCGCCAUCAGACACGCAAAGCAUUCCAUCUUUAUUCAGACACCAAAUAUGAAUGCAGAACCGAUCCUCGAGCCUCUUCUGGAUGCAGUCCGCCGGGGUGUCGUCGUCACCUGCUAUCUCUGCCUGGGAUACAACGACGCAGGGCAACUUCUUCCUUUCCAGAACGGAACAAACGAGAUGAUUGCAAAUCGGCUAUACAAGUGUCUUCGCACAAAUGAAGAGUGGUCCAGACUACGGAUAUUCAACUACAUCGGCAAGGACCAGACAAAACCAAUUCAUAACUGCUUCAAACGUCGGAGUUGUCACAUCAAGCUCAUGAUCAUCGAUGAGAGCGUCGCCAUUCAGGGAAAUGGCAAUCUUGACACUCAAUCCUUCUACCACAGCCAAGAAAUCAACAUACUCUAUGAUUCACCCACAAUCUGUCGCUCCUGGCUUGAUACUAUCAACAGAAACCAGAACACUGCUUUAUAUGGCGCUGUAAGUAGCAAAGAUGGGUGCUGGCAUGAUCCUGAGACCGGGAAACUUCCCGAGGGGUCUAUUGGAAUCAACCCCGGGAGAUUCAGCUGGGUCAAGGGGAUUGUUGGGGCGGUACAGAGAGUCAGGGGUGCUGGUGGAUUUUGA